UUUAUAGCCAAUGAGGUUUUGGGUUCUUAAGCGUUUUAUUGUUUUUUCUUUCAUGCGGCGUUUACUAAUUUGUGAAAAUUACGGUUAAAGGCGAACUAAAAUAAGGAAUUCUCUAUAAUUGGACACAUAUAUUUAAAAAGCAUAAAUUAAUAAAAAAAAAUAUGUCAAAAAGUAGCUCUGGGAGAGACCGCGACCGAGAGCGUGAAAGAGAACGGGAGAGAGAACGUGAACGAGAACGUGAUAGGGAACGUGAUUAUGAACGUGAACGUUACAGUGAACGCGAUCGCAAACGCCGCCAUGGCAGUAGGAGCAGAUCUCGUACGCCAAAAGACAUGAGAUCUUCUCGUAAUGGUAGAGGUGGCAGUCGCUCUCGCGAUGAACGUCUGAAACGAGACAGAGAAUUUAAGGACGCGGAAAGACGUCGAGACGAAAAACGGCGUAGACGCUCUAGAUCCAAAUCAAAGGAAUACGAAAGAGAGCGAGUACGUAUACUAGAGAGAGAACGAGAGCGUGACCGCGAAAAAGAACGAGAACGUGAGCGUGAACGUGAAAGAGAACGGGAACGCGAACGUGAGCGUGAAAAGGAAAGGGAAUUAGAGCAAAAUGUACAGCGUAAAUCCUCAACUCCACCAGUGAUUCUUAAAGCAGACUCUGGCUCUUCUUCUAAUGACGAUGGUGACGCUGACGAGGAUGAUGUGGAAGAGGAGGAGGAGGAGGAGGAAGAGGAGGAGCUAGACAAGGAAGAAGAGCAACGACGUUUAGAGAUGGAAAUGAUUAAGCGCCGUGAACGUAUAGAACGUUGGCGGGCAGAACGUAAACUUAAAGAGUUAGAAGCUAACAAAAAGGAUUUAAAGUCGUUGAUUCCCCAACCCGUAGCUUCAGUAACGGCUAAAAAGUGGAGUUUAGAAGAUGAAUCAGAAGAAGAGGAUAACGUUACGCCAAUAGAAAUAAAACGUGAACCAGAUUCACCACCGUCAAAGUUUCAUCGUCUUAAAAAAUUUAAGGACGACGAGGAUGAGGAAAAAGUAGACAAAUUAAAGUUUAACAAAAGUGUUGUAUCAGCAGCUAAAGCAAAAAUUGAAGCUUUACGUGAAGAAGAAAGAGAAGCGGAAGCAAAAAUGCAAGAAGUAAAGGAAAAGCCGCAAGUCAUCGCAAUAGUAGAAAAGGUGAAAGAAGAGGAAGAUGACGGUGAAAUUGAUCCUUUGGAUGCGUACAUGCAGGAAGUUGAUAAAGAGGUGCGUAAAGUUAACCAUAUCAUUACGCAGCCUAAGAAAAAUCAAGGCGUUGUAAUAUUGACUGGUGUUGCCAAAAAGCCAACUCAAAGAAAAAACAAAGGGGAACUUCUCGAACAAAAUAUGGAUAGUUUAGAGUAUUCUAGUGAAGAAGAGCUUGAAGAUAUUAAAGAUACUGCAGCUAAUUUAGCGAAUAAGCAUCGCAAAGAAUUGGCUAAAAUCGAUCAUUCGGGUGUGGAUUAUGCAUCAUUCCGUAAAAAUUUCUAUGUAGAAGUACCCGAGCUAGCACGCAUGACCCAACAGGAAGUGGAGAAAUAUCGUGCUGAUUUAGAGGGUGUACAAGUCAAGGGUAAAGGUUGUCCGAAACCUAUUAAGACUUGGGCACAGUGUGGUGUUAGCAAAAAGGAAAUGGAUAUUUUGCGCAAACUUGGCUUUGAAAAGCCUACACCUAUCCAAUGUCAAGCCAUACCAGCCAUUAUGUCCGGACGCGAUCUGAUAGGUAUUGCUAAAACUGGCAGUGGUAAGACGCUAGCAUUCAUUUUACCUAUGUUUAGGCACAUUUUGGAUCAACCGCCUCUUGAAGAUGGCGAUGGACCCAUCUCAAUAAUCAUGGCUCCAACACGGGAAUUGUGUAUGCAAAUCGGUAAAGAUAUACGUAAAUUCUCGAAAGGCCUUAAUUUAAGACCGGUUUGUGUUUACGGUGGCACCGGAAUCUCCGAACAGAUUGCUGAACUGAAACGGGGAGCUGAAAUUAUUGUUUGUACUCCUGGUCGCAUGAUCGAUAUGCUGGCUGCUAAUUCGGGACGAGUUACUAAUCUACGUCGCGUAACGUACGUAGUAUUAGAUGAAGCUGAUCGUAUGUUUGAUAUGGGUUUUGAACCACAAGUCAUGCGCACUAUUGGUAAUGUGCGACCAGAUCGUCAAACAGUUAUGUUUAGUGCUACAUUUCCUCGGCAAAUGGAGGCUUUGGCAAGACGCAUUUUAAAAAAACCUAUAGAAGUGAUUGUGGGAGGUCGCUCAGUGGUGUGCAAAGACGUCGAACAACAUGUGGCCAUUUUGGGUGAUGAAGCCAAAUUUUUAAAAUUAUUGGAAUUGUUAGGAAUUUUUCAAGAACGUGGAAGCAUCAUAGUGUUUGUGGAUAAGCAGGAAAAUGCCGAUCAACUACUAAAAGAGCUUAUGAAAGCUUCAUAUGCUUGCAGGAGCUUGCAUGGAGGUAUUGAUCAAUUCGAUCGGGAUUCUACUAUAUUAGACUUCAAAUCGGGUAAGGUUCGAUUGUUAAUAGCCACUUCAGUCGCUGCUCGCGGCUUAGACGUCAAGGACUUGAUAUUAGUUGUUAAUUAUGAUGUACCUAAUCAUUAUGAGGAUUAUGUGCAUCGAUGCGGUCGCACGGGACGGGCUGGCAAAAAGGGUAGUGCUUGGACUUUUCUAACACCUGAUCAAGGCCGUUACGCUGGCGAUGUUAUAAGAGCUCUGGAAUUAUCAGAAACGGCAAUUCCCCAGGACUUGGAAACAAUGUGGAGUGAAUAUAAAACUGCCCAAGAAGCUGAGGGUAAGAAAGUGCACACUGGCGGUGGUUUUAGCGGUAAAGGGUUUAAAUUCGAUGAACAAGAAGCCAAUGCGGCCAAAGAAAGCAAGAAACUUCAAAAAGCUGCUUUGGGUUUGGCCGAUUCCGAUGAUGAAGAAGAUAUUGAACAAGAUAUCGAUCAACAAAUUGAACAAUUAUUUGCGGCUAAGCGCACCGUUAAGGACACUUCUGUAUUAACGCCCGCAGUGACCAUGGUGGCCACACCCGCAGCUGGCAGUACUGUCAUUGCAGCUGGCGCUGCUACCGUAGCCAUAAGUGUGGGCUCCGACAAGCUCGAGUUGGCCAAACGCAGGGCUUCGAAAAUUAGCACUACAAAGAAUUUGGGAGCCGAUGGAAAGGCUAGCACUCAAGUAGCCGCCGAGGCUAUACUAAAGGGUGCUGGCAGCGCUCAGCCAAUGAUUACUGCCCGCUCCGUGGUUGAACAAUUGGCCGCCAAGCUCAAUAACAAACUCAAUUAUCAGCCAAAGGAUGAUGAAGACGGAACCGGUGGCAUAACUGGUUUGUUACCUAAUCAGCCCAAUUCUUUUACUAAAUAUGAAGAGGAAUUGGAAAUCAAUGAUUUCCCCCAGCAGGCCCGCUGGAAAGUCACCUCCAAGGAGGCUUUGGCUCAAAUAUCCGAAUACUCUGAAGCCGGACUUACUGUUCGUGGUACUUAUGUGCCGCCCGGUAAAGCACCGCCAGAAGGUGAACGCAAACUAUAUUUGGCUAUAGAAAGUUGCAGUGAAUUGGCUGUCCAAAAAGCCAAACGUGAGAUUACAAGACUCAUUAAAGAGGAACUAUUAAAACUUAGUUCAGCACAUCAUGUAUUUAACAAGGGACGCUACAAAGUCCUAUAGUCAUAAAAUUAAUUAAUGACAGCUAAAAGUAAUAACAAUAAUAUUAAUAAUCUGGUCAGAUUUUUUGACAUUGCGGUAUAUGUAAACUUUUUGUAUUUCAAUAUGUAUUUUCUGUUUUUAAUACUUUCACUUCACCUUUUCGUUGAACAUAAUAAUGAUUUUCACUUAUCUUUAA